UCCAGACCAGCCGAUUUACUGCUUCUUGGAUCGAUCUAGCUUGUUCAGUAAUGCUAAUGGGUUCAUAUAGAAUGCUAGAAGAAACUAAGGAAGUUCAGAGCAAGGACCAUGAGAAUGCCCACUUUCUUAACUCAAAAUGGUGCACUUGGCUAAGAGACAGAGCUGAAGGAAACAGGGAUGAGUUUGAAAAAUCUCUCAACAUAAUGUGCUUCUGUGAUACCCUCGAGACCUUCUUUGUCAAUUACGUUCACUCAAAAAGGCCAAGCCAGAUCGACUUCAAUGCUGAUAUCUUCCUAUUUAGAGAAGAAGAGAAGCCAAUGUGGGAAAAGUGUCCCAAAGGAUGUACUCUCGUUAUCAAACUUCAAAGAGACAACAAGCACCUGAAUUACUUCUGGGAGAAGCUCUGCUUCAUGUGCAUUGGAGAAAUCUUAGAGGAUCUCAACAUCAUUGGGGCUGGCAUUUCUUUGAGAAGAAACAACUGUGCACUUCUUGAGAUUUGGAACAAGGAUCUUGAGCAACUUCCUAGCAUGAGCCCCACAAAUCAAACAUCCAAAUUCAGAAGAGGCUUUGGCUCCUCAAGCAAUGAUGCCUUCAAGGAGAAUUUGUCCAAUGAAAAAUUAUCCAGAAAAGUCAUUUCUUACUUAGGAAUGACAGAUGAAGAUGACUACAGUGUGUACUUUAAGAACCAUUCUGAAGCUUUGAAGGAUAGCAGCAACACCAAGACCUCUCAAGUCCUGGGUGACAUGAGAAGCAGAAGAGGAAGAAGAUACUAUCAAAACCACAGAUCUAACUCAAUUUCUUACCAAAACCGUGGAUAUAGCUCGAGAAGACGCUUUAGAGAGAGUAGUACCCAAGAAGCAAGAUUCCAUCAUCUAAGAUAAUACUUUCAGAGUAAAAUUCAAUUGUCCAUUUGA